AGUGCAAUUAUUUUUAGCGUACAUCCCAUCUCAUCGAAAAUAGGUUCCUAAGAAAGGGAACUCCGGAUUAAAGUGGCAGGAAAAAGCGGACAGAAAGUACAACGAAAAGUUUCGCCCUUUUCGAUGCAUGCCGAUCCGAUCGUACAUUGCCGGUUCAGCUACACUAACCUUUGUACUUGUGCUGCUGGCGAAACUUGGGUUAAGUGGUGGCACUCACUGAUUAGGAUGUUGCGUGUAUUACGUACUGGGGGGUGGUUUGCAUGAGUCUGCACUUCAUCUAUCAUCUUGCUUUAUCUGCGGUUUUACGGUGUUGUUUGCUGAUAUCGUCCAACGGGGCACUAUUGUUUGUAGGAUCGUUUCGGCAGUUUGGCGGUAUUUUCUGGUCUGGCUUUGUCUGGGGGAGACACCUGAAACAGUAAUGAGAAACGUCGAUCGUGUCAAUGUUAAGGUACGGCAAGGUACGGUCUGCGGGGUAAAGGAGAAGCUCCCGAACGGCGGUACAUUUUGUGCAUUCCGUGGCAUUCCGUACGCAAAGCCACCGGUCGGUGAGUUACGGUUUCGUGCACCACAACCACUGGAACGGUUCCCCUAUCCUGUGUUGGACUGUAGCGUCGAGCGAGAUGUUUGUUUUAGCCGGAACAUGUUCACCCAGGAGCUGGAAGGAUCGGAAGAUUGUCUACACCUGAACGUGUACACGCCGACCGUGGACAGCUGCGGUGAACCGUUGCCGGUGAUGGUAUUUAUCCACGGGGGUGCGUUUCUGUUCGGCAGCGGAAACAGUGAUUGCUAUUCACCGGAAUAUUUGCUUCAGGAGGAGGUGAUUGUGGUCACGCUAAACUAUCGUCUCGGGUCGCUCGGGUUUCUGCAUCUGCCCAGCCACGGGAUCGAAGGGAAUGCCGGCCUAAAGGAUCAGCUGAUGGUGUUGCGCUGGGUGCAGCAGAACAUAGCGCAGUUUAACGGCGACCCGAACAAUGUAACGCUGUUCGGCGAGAGUGCCGGCGCUGCCUCCGUCCAUCUGCAUCUGCUAUCGCCCGUGUCGCAAAAAUUCUUCCACAAAGCUAUCUGCCAGAGCGGGAUUUCUACCAUGGAGUGGGUAAUGCAGCAGGAUUCGAUCAAUCGUACAAGAUGCCUAGCCCGCCAUAUCAAUGCCGACGCGAAAACGGACGACCAGGUGUACCAGACGCUCAUGAGCGCGGACAAGGCGCAACUGAUGGGACUGAUGGUGCAAACGCUUUCGGCGGAUGAGAAACGGCGCGGUUUACCCAUGCCAUUCAAGCCGGUCGUCGAGGAGGGCGCACACGGUCCGGAUACGGUCGUCCCGGUGCAUCCGUUCGUUGCCAUGCAGCAACCGAACCGCAUACCGUCGAUACCGAUCAUCUUCGGUAACAACGAUCGCGAGGGUACGAUCAUGAUGAUGGACGCCAUGAAAAAGCUCGACCUGUACGAGAACGAUAUGGCACGGAUGAUUCCGCGCACGGUCAAUGUGGCACCGGGUAGUGCGGCUGCCGAGCAGCUGGGCCAGGAGGUGAGGCAGUUUUACUGUGGCGCGAAAAGCGUUACGCAGGAAACCGUUAACGAGCUGGCGGAUUUGAUGACGGACUACCACUUUGGUAUUCUGGCGAACACGUGCGCGGAACUGCACGCACGGUAUCAGCCGGCUUCGCCCAUGUUCUACUACCAGUUCAGCUACGACGGUGAGCUGAACAUGUACAAAAAGCUGCUGCAACUAACCAUUCCGGGUGCGUGCCAUGCGGACGAACUGUCGUACCUGUUCCUGAUGAGACUGGCCAAUUUUGAUGUGAAACCGGACACGGAAGCGGGACGCGUGCGACAGCUUAUGUGUCGGCUGUGGACCAACUUUGCCAAAUGUGGGCACCCAACACCGGCAGCCGAUCGGGACAAUCUGCCCUGCCAGUGGGAACCGGUUGAUAAGGUUGCGCCCGGUGCAAGUGUACCAUUCCGGCUGAAGUGUUUAGAUAUCGGGGCUGACACGAAGAUGAUAUUGGAUCCGGCCAAGGACCGUAUCGACUUCUGGCGAGAUGUGUACAAACGGUGGAAUGAGGAUUUUCUCAAAGUAAAGCUUUAGGAAUGGCGGGUUGUGAUUUUU